UAAAUUGAAUCAAUAAUAGUCGGGCCUUAAAAAAAUUCCUUAAAUACGUUUCGUAAUUUUGAUUAAACUGGGUUACUAUUUCGAAAUAUUGUUAAUUUAUUGUUAAAUCUCAAUGAAUUGAAAAAAUAUGGAACCACAAUCACCAGUAACCCUCAAUAAGCCUGCACCAUUGUCACCUUCCGGAGAAACUAAAAACGUUCAAGACCUCACCAUUUUUGUAGAAAAUUUACUUGGAACUUUACAAGAAAAAUUUCAAACAAUGUCUGAUGGAAUUCUCUCAAGAAUGGAUGAAAUGGGCAAUCGUAUAGACGAGCUGGAAAAGAAUAUUGGCGAGUUAAUGCAGCAAGCCGGUAUUGAAGAUAACCCUAUUGAUAAAUAGUUUUUUGCAUGUAGAUACCAUAUGUAUAAAUGUAUAUCAAUGAAUUUAUUCAAUAA